UUGAAAUUUCUCUGCAUUUAUAUUCUUGUGCUUGGAGUUAUGCAAAUUUUCGUGAAAUGUGCGGCUAACAAGCUAGAUUCAUCUUGGGACAUCAGAGAAGAACCAAAACUUGGAGAUAUUUAUCUCACAGUUCCUUCCGAAAGUGAAGAAGACAUAUUUCCGAAUUCAGAAGAAGAAAUUAUACCUACAGAAACUAUGACCGUCGCUGCGGAUGAAUUCAUCGGGCUUCCCACAGCAAGUUAUGAAGAAAACAACUAUGUGACGGAAGAUACUACCACAUCCGAGAGCUCUUCAUCUGUUACCCUGAGUUGGGCAGAAUUAUUCAUGAUUUUGCAAAAAAAGGCCUUUCCUUCAGAAGCAAAAACUUUGCAUCACUCGUCGCAGCAUUCCCUUACGAUGUCCACUACUGAAUCUCGUGAAUCUAUUGCAAGCACUGAAGUUUUAAAUGAUGUUCAAACCAUCGUGGACAAUCUUCUGAAGUACAAUCGUGAAACUGGAGAGCAAUUAGUGAAGUUGAAGAAAGCCCUUCUCACAUCAAGAAAACAAGGAAAGAAAACUCCGAGAAUCAAAAUAAAAAUCAACGCACAAGCACCAGUACGCAUUAAGACUGAAUAUGUGAAUGGGAAGAAUGUUCUAAGUAAAGGAAUUAUCUCUGUUCUUAAGACGACUCCAAAUCACCAAACAGUUAACAAGAAAGAAAAACUAGAGAAGCAAGAAACAACAAUAAUCGGUCCACCUUUAGAACAAGAAACGAGCGGUGAACUGGAAAAGGCCAGAAAACAGUUCAUCAAAAAGGGAGCGAUAUUCCUCCGCCAUGCUUGGAACAGAUUUCUGACACAGAAACUAAAACAUUCUCUUCGUAAUGAAGAACUGGAAACAGAUAAUUAAAACGAGAUUUCUAAAUGAA